AUGUCAGAAAAAAAGGUAAGCCUGAAGCUUUUGGUAGACAAAAAAGGCAAUCGAGUGCUCUUUGCUGAAGCGGAUAAGAAAUUUGUUGAUUUCCUCUUUAGCAUUUUCACUCUGCCUGUCGGAACUGUGACUAGGCUCUUACAAAAGCGGAACAUGGCAGGCUGCUUGCAUAGCCUGUACAACAGCAUAGAGAAUCUGAGUGAUAUUUACAUUCAGCCAGACCAAAACAAAGACUUUUUGCUAAAUCCAAAAGUAGUCUUUUCUGGUGCUCAAGUCCCUCUCCUCUUGCCAAGCGUUGAGCAGUCAGGUACAGACAGUAACUUUUAUAGGUGUGGAAGUUCAAGCCACUACAGCUACGUGGCUAAUGACCGGAGAGCAACUUGUCCUUCGUGCAGGAGUCAAAUGACCACCAAGUUAAGCUACGUAGAGUUCCCACCAACGGAUAUCAAGGCAUCCUCCUCUGGUGAGGGAGGUUACGUGAAAGGGGUGAUUUCUUACAUGGUGAUGGAUAAUCUGGAGGUGAAGCCCAUGUCAACCAUCUCUUCUAUCACUUUACUUACCAAGUUCAAUGUCAGGGACCUUGGGGCUGUUGAGGAGAAAGUGGUGGAUUUAGGCAUGGGUGAGGUUUUGUGUUUGCUCAAGGCUUCUUUGCAAUCGAAGACUGUUUUAACUGAUGUCUUUCUUCGGAUGUGA